AUGGACUGUAACCUGGGGACUGUUGAGAAUAGUGCUGCUCGUUUGGUAUAAACAGGUUCCAGGAGGAGUCCCUCAGUACGUGUUAAGGUGGUACCACACUGGUUGGAGCUCUGUAGAAUAUGGUUCUGGUUUCUCCUCUCCUAAAUUCACAUCUAAUCAUCAGUCUAAAUCAGAUUAUCGUUUGAUUAUUAAUAAUGUGGAGGAGGAGGACUCAGCAGUGUAUUACUGUCAGACCUGGGACGACUCUGCUAAAGAGUACGUAUCACAGUGAUAUACACCAUGACAAAAACCUCCUCACCAAAUACACUCACUUCUGCUUUCAGAUGUUCUGAAUAUAAAUACUAACUGAAUGUCAAGUCAUCCUGAACCAGUGUGUCUGCAGUAGGAGAACAUGCCAUGCUUGUGUUUCACACAAAACCCUUCACACAUUUAGUAGAAUGUUGUCAUGAACAAUUACACCUAGUUGUCACAAACCAUGAAUCAUAAAGUGAUAUUCCAGAUGGUCCUUUCAGUCCUAACAGAAGACUCCAUGUAUCAGAUAACCUCCAUGAUAGUCAGUCCCCUGGUUUACAGUAGAGACAUAUUACAUCAACAGUCAUUUAGUGAUAUACUGUUAGUUCAGAACCCCACUAUCAGGUCCAGAUAAUAUUAUAAUAAUAUUAUUAGUAUGUAUAUUAUGACAUGCUGAUAUAAACUAACUUACGUAACUGAGAAGAAACAUAAUACUGCUCUUUACAAUGCAACAAAAAAUAUACAAUAUGUUUAUGAAUUAGUCCUCUCUCAAAUAUUUAAAUGUUUUAUAGUUUAAUAGUAGCUGUAAUUUAAAUGUAUAUCAUCAUUAUAAAAAAUAUAGGAUAUAUAAAAUGAUUAUUUUGAAAUCUGUCUGUUGGUCUUGUGAAGCCCCCCCCCCCCCCCCCCCCCCAGAUACAGUAUGUUUGAGAGUAGCCCCCUCCCUCUGGUCCUCCCUGGCUUGGUGAUAGGUUAACUGUAGAGGCACCUCCCUCUGGUCAUCCCUGUGUGUCUCCUUAUAGGUGGGUCCUGCAGCCUCUCCUCUCCUCACACACGCCAACCCUGCUCAUCUCUCUGGACAGUAAGGGUCGUUCACACCACACACGGACAACAUGCUGGGGACACUCUGCACUCUCAUCACUGCUCUAACAUGUAAGGAGUCUGACUUCCUGGAGGUUUUACUUCAUGUUUUAUGAAUAAUGAGUCUGUAUGUUUCUCUUUACUACAUGUCAUCUUCUCAUUUCCCAGGUGUCAGUGGUGUGACUGUGGUGACACAUAAGCCUCCUGUUGUGGCAGUGAGGAAAGGAGAGACGGCCACUAUUGACUGUAACCUGGGGACUGUUGAUAAUAGAGACGGCCACUAUGGACUGUAACCUGGGGACUGUUGAUAAUAGAGACGGCCACUAUGGACUGUAACCUGGGGACAGUUGAUAAUAGAGACGGCCACUAUGGACUGUAACCUGGGGACUGUUGAUAAUAGAGACGGCCACUAUGGACUGUAACCUGGGGACUGUUGAUAAUAGAGACGGCCACUAUGGACUGUAACCUGGGGACAGUUGAUAAUAGAGACGGCCACUAUGGACUGUAACCUGGGGACUGUUGAUAAUAGAGACGGCCACUAUGGACUGUAACCUGGGGACUGUUGAUAAUAGAGACGGCCACUCUGGACUGUAACCUGGGGACUGUUGAUAAUAGUGCUCAUUGGUACAAACAGGUUCCAGGAGGAGUUCCUCAGUACGUUUUACAGUGGUACUACUAUAAUUGGACCUCUGUAAAAUAUGGCUCCGGUUUCUCCUCUCCUAAGUUCACAUCUAAUCAUCAGUCUAUAUCAGAUUAUCGUUUGAUUAUUAAUAAUGUGGAGGAGAAAGACUCAGCAGUGUAUUACUGUAAGACAAAUGACUACUCUGUUGACGAGUGGGUAUCACAGUGAUAUACACCAGGACAAAAACCUCCUCCCCAAAUACACCCACUUCUGCUUUAUGCGUGGCAGAGGGGUGAACUCUAAGAAACAGCAGUUGAAGUUGAUCAGUCAUUAUUAUAACAAUAUAUACAUGACACAAUGGGAGAUCUGGAAAUUGAAGAAUCAUCCAUCCCUACAUGUCAAAAAGAUCAUAAGAAGACUGUGAAAAGAGAUUUGGCCUUUCUCGAUGUAAUCAUCAUCAAGUCAAGACUGCAUCAUAUAGAUAGUGCUUUAACUGAUGGAUUCAAAAGGACCAGACACCAACAGCAGAAUAUGACGCUAUACUAUAUACUGUUACUUCAUAAAGAGAAACUCUAGAAAAGCCUGACAUGUUUGUAGUGAGAGUGAAGCUCUGUCAAAUGGGAUGUUUCAGUUCCUGUUCUCUCAGUAGUUAGAGUGAAGCUUUGUCUAAAUGGGAUGUUUCAGUUCCUGUCCCCUCAGUAGUGAGAAUGAAGCUCUGUCUAAAUGGGAUGUUUCAGUUCCUGUCCUCUCAGUAGUGAGAAUGAAGCUCUGUCUAAAUGGGAUGUUUCAGUUCCUGUCCUCUCAGUAGUAAGAGUGAGGAGUUUUUUGUAUGGCCGUGUAUACAAACUGAAACACAGUGGUAUUCGGACCAGGAACCAAGCUGAUUGUUACUGGUGAGUACCCUUCUAAUGUUUUAAUCUACAGAAUAUGCUUUGUUUCUAAUAUAAUGUUGGUCAGAUAUAUAUAUAUUUUUAAUGUUUUAAUUCAUAAAAUGUAAUUUAUAUUAUAUAUUUACUGAUUUAAUAUUUUGCACCUGCUUUAAUCCUGUCUCGUAUGUUGUUUGUAAAUUAUUUAGAAAACAUUUUGACAGUGUGAAUGCCUGCUAUGUUCAUGUUUUAUCAUGCAAACUUGUGUUUUUGUUGUCUAUAUAGAUCCAUGCAAAGGAGAUAUUUAAUCUCCAGAAAUGUUAUCCAGUUCAAUUUCUUAGACAAAUAUAUAUAUAUAUACAUUUAUUUAUUUUUAUAUUCCAUUUGCUUGUGAAUUAUUUGUAUUUUAUAUUUACAAUGUGCACAUUUCGUUCAGCUUUUAGCAUUUGAGUCUUCCAAGACUGUGAUGUAAUAUUGUAAUUAAUGUAUCCAGAAAUUGAUAUGUCUCUCUGCUCCAUGGGAAAAUAAAAUUUUAACACCGUAUGAUUACUUCUAUCAAUAUAAUUGUGAACAUAAUGAACAGCAGUUCUAUAUUUAAUUGCUGCAUCAGUUUCCUCUUAAUGCAGGGUGUAUUGGUAAUGAUACCAACAUCUACUGAAAUAUAAACUGUUAUCAAAUCUGUUCCCUUCUAAUCCCAUCCAUUGACUAUUUUCUAAUCUAGAUGGAGAUCUUUCUACACCUGCUGUGACCCUGUUCCCUCCAUCCACUGAAGACCUCAAGUCCAGCAGAGCAACACUAGUGUGUCUGGCCAGCAACCUGUCUUAGAGGUCCAAGGGGUUUGCAGAUGUCAGCUGGAUGUCUAACGGUGAAUCAGUGACAGAAGAUGUUUCUACCAGUCCUGCUGAGCAGCAACCAGACAAAACCUUCAAGAUCAGCAGCUAUCUGAUCAUUCAGACUACAGAGUGGGACAAGGACGUGGUGUUCACAUGUAAAGUGUCAUUAGGGUCAACAUUCUCUGAGAAAGAGAUCAGAAAGACUAGUUGCAGUCUGUAA